UGGAGCGGGUAGCUAAACUUAAGGGUGGAAUGGUCAAGAAGGACGUAGGGCAGACCCUCUAAAUUUGACGAACUGCUUACCGAUCUAUCCUUUGUUACUCCUGUCAGGUUGGUUAGCAAAAAGAGGUGAAAAUGCCGGACGCUGAUGAAAUCGAGCGUGGUCCGGCCGCUUCGCCAGAGGAUUUCGUCAAGGCACUCGAGAAAAGGGAGUUGGCACGACUUCAAGUGCCGAAAGUUAACAUCUUCCAUUUUAAUGGGGACAGAGUAUCCGAGUGGCUGGAGCUGCUGGAGCAGGUUACGGCCGAGGUGCCUGAGGCAGAUAAAUUUAAGUUCCUACCCAGGUACGUCUGGUGGGAAACUCGGCCCGAGGUAAUGAAGGUGGCUGCUGGAGCAGGAGGAGACUGGGCUAAGUUCAAGGCAGAAAUGCAGAGGCGGUUCAAGUUAGGAGAUGAUUUGUUAACGAAGACAGAUUUGGAGAUGUUAAAGCGGGAUGAGUUCUCCAUGGUGGGAGCUUUCGCAACGGCAUUUGAGAAGAUGGCCAAGAAAGUCCCCGGAUUGGCGGAAGAAGAACAAUGUGCCACUUUCCUGGGGCACUUCAAGAAUUGGGAGGCCUCGUCGCUAACCAAGAAGGCUGCGCCAGGAAAGAAGCUCACUUGGGCCGCCAUAAAGGAGGGCGUAAUAGAAGGAGAGCUGGACCAAGUAGACAUCUUCCAAAUGCGACAGGCUAGGAAGAAAAGAAAGGCCUUGGACGCCACGACGAGCGGCGGGCGAGACUUUAAGAAACUGAUAGAAGAUGCAGUGGCCCAGCUCCAUGCAGAGAAAGAGGCAAAAAGGAAAACUAUGGCGGCACCACAGACCCAAGGGAAGGCAAAGAAAGCAGUGGUGCAGGAGGAAGAAGAAGAGGAAGAGGAAGAGGAGCCAGAGCCAUAUAAGUUGACCAAGGCUCAGAGAAAGGCAAGGAACUUGGCUCAAGGGGGGCAGGGCUCAGGAAAGGGGCAGGUCCCGCAAGCUGUAGCCAUGCCACCUCCUAAGUCGCCCAGUCAGGCUGCACUAGCUCACUAUGGGCCAUGGUCAGGUUGUGGACCUUCGAGUCAUUGGCAUGAACACUGUUCAUACGCCCCGUGGCCAAUGAGCGGGCCGCAUGGGUCGUGCGCCGGACCAUCAGUGAGCGUGGCUUCCUGUGGCUGUCCGGGACCCCAAGCGCAACAAGUGAGCCACUUGAACCCACCGCCAAACCAACCCCAGCAGUCAGCCCCACAAGGUUCGCAAGGCAAUCAAGGGGGUGGACGUGGACAGAACCAAAGGUGGGGCCGAGGAGGGGGGAAUGGUGGCCGUGGAGGAAAUGGUAGAGGGAAUGGUGGUGGUAACACUUCAAGUGGCGAAAACGAGGGUUGGACGGCAUCCGGGAGUCAAGGCGAUCAAGAGGGUGGAAGAGGUGCUGGCAGAGGGAGAGUAGACUGGAAAAAUGUCAUUUGCUGGCAUUGUGGGCAGAAAGACCACACUAUUAAGUUCUGCCACGUAAGGAGAAACGACGAGGACGAAGGUUUAAUUAGCACCAACUAUGAUGGAGACAUGUACGACAAGUGGGGGUACCACCUGGACCUAAAAAUUCAAGGCGGGACGAGGAAGGAAGCCCUGCGAAGGGCUGAGGCCGGUGAGCCACCCGCACCCCCAGCCAUGUUUCGGAUAUGGCAGGAGAAAGAGGUCCGUAGUGACGUCAGGGUGGAGGAGGUAGGAGAGAACGCAGAGGUGGAGCAAGAAAGGAAAGUCGGGACUACUAAGGCAGAACCGAUCAUAGUAGAGUCCGACGAUGAGAUUGAGGAAGAUUGCUGGAACAGGCCGCUGCGUGCUGAGACAGGGGAAGACUAUUGGAGAAUGGUCCGACAGACAAUGGAGAGAAUGGAGGAUCUGAUAGACAAAGUCAGGAGAUACCAACAAAAGAUGGCAGAUAUGUGCGAAGAAGUCGAGGAGUGGCAAGGGCCCAAAGAGAAGGACGAGGAGGAGGUGGUGCCAGGGAUCAGGCGCUUUGUGUGGGAUCAUGUGCGAGACUUGUGCAAGGUCCUGGAUCUCUUGAAGGAGCAUAACCUCACUGCCAGUGGGCCAAAAUCGAGGCACUGCAUGAGUGAUGCAACUAUCUUAGGAUUUGUGUGCGACGAGAGGGGUCGUCGGCCAGAUACUAAGAAGACUAACAAGGUUCUCGAAUGGCCAACACCGUUCCAGACUAUCACGGAGGUGAGAAGUUUUCUGGGCACGUGUGGGUUUUGGAGGAUCUUUAUUAAGCGGUUUGCGGCAAAGACGGAGCAGUUACGAAAGCUUGUGCGUCAAGGGCAAGACCGGGAAUGCGGAGACAGACAAGAGUCGGUGAUAAAAAACCUGAAGAAAGAGUUUGAGGAAGGGGGUCUAGUACUGGGGGUACCGGACCAUGCGGCGGUGAUGACCAGGCCGUUCAUCGUAGAGACAGACGCAGGGUCAACUGCUCUGGGAGGUGUGUUAAUCCAACGAGACUCCAAUGGGGAGGAACGGCCACUAAGGUUUGAGAGUCAGACGCUCAAUACGUCUGAAAGGAACUACUCUCAGUUCAAGCGCGAAACCUUGGCGGUCCUUCACUGUUUGAGGAUCUUCAGAAACUACCUCUUUGGCAAUAGGUUCGUAUUGAGGGUGGAUGCUACUACUCUGGCUGGUUCUCUCAAGAACUUCGCUCCAUCAGAUCCAACUAGCGCCAGAUGGCUGACGUACAUCUGGAUGUUUGACUUCGAGUUGGAGCGAAUUCCUGGGACCAAGAAUAGGGCAAACGGGCUUAGCCGAGUCGGCUGGGACAAGAAUCAUCAAGGAGUAAUCGAGGACACUCCACCACUCAACGAGUUCCUGGACAGUGAGGAGGAUGUGAGACUUCACAUCAACUCCUGGGCAUUGGCCGUAGGUAAGUAUGUUACUCCUGGGCGGCCCAUAUGGCUUGCGCCUCCAGGACAUGUGCGACGACCAGACUUGGUCCUCAAACCUUAUAUUGAAGAGGAUUCUUGGGGAAUGUCGGGCGUAGGUUGGAUGAUGGAGCUGGCCUUAGCUGGCAAGUAUGAGCUGCAAGAAGACCCUCUUACGAUUGAGAACGGGGCGCUACAAGUGGGUAAGCACGAGAAGAUGAUAGGUGGGGUGUACCUGCUGGCAAAUGCGCUGCUUCAGGAAGAGACGGUCAGAAAUACGGUGCUAGAUCAGGAAGAGGUGGUAGAGCCGGGAGGAGGUGACAAUGUGAUCCACGAGAGGGAGGAUGAUGACUUUGAGGAAGGUGAGAUUAAAGAAGCAUUUCGAGCAGAGGAAUACGAGGGAGUAUACCUUGAACUCGACAUGCUUCUUUCGUGCAAGAUGAGGGAAAGGGAUGUCUGCGCGCGGGUUCUGAAGAUGAGGCCAAGUUUCCUGGUAAGAGACGGCCAUCUGUUCAUGAGAAGUAAAGGAAGAGAUCCUAGAAGAGUAGUUUGCGGCCUCGCCCGUCAGAUUGACAUUAUGGCGGCACUGCACGACGGUACGGCAGGUGGCCACAGGGGUGCAGAUACGACGUAUCUGAAGAUACACGAACUGUACUACUGGGAUGACAUGGGGCAGAUGAUCGACAACUACUGCAAGUCUUGCGUGCCAUGCCAGGAACGGUCUGCUCUCAGACCCAGGGAGCCGCUGCACCCAAGGUACGUUCGUGAGGUUGGAGCAGUCGUGCACUUGGACUUAUUGGCAAUAUCGUUGGGGAUAGGGAGCUACAAUUUCAUCUUUGAUGCACGGGACAACCUCUCGGGGUUUGUGGAUGGCAGGGCCAUUCGCACGAAGACUGGAGAGACAUUGGCCCGAUGCAUCGAAGAGUACUAUCUUCGCUACCCCUUUGUGUCCAGAYUCGUGAUGGAUAGAGGGUCCGAGUUCACAUGUGCAGAAGUGAAGGCUCUUUUGAAGAAGUAUGGGGUAAUCGCUGAGUACACUACUGCAGCGCACCCUCAAGCCAACGCACCUGUGGAGAGGGGGCAUAGCACCAUCACAAAUCUUCUUGCCAAGUGGACCGAUGGCAGGUCUAACCAAUGGCCAAACUUUAUAAGGGUCGCGUUUUUCGUGGAUAAUAUCACUAUCAGGAGGAACACUGGCUAUGCACCGGCUACGCUAUGGUACGGCAGGCAUGCGGCGUUUCCAAUUGAAAGCUUCCUGAAUACCUGGAGGCGACAGGACCUCGAGACUGAUCUGACCUUUGAGGAACUGUUGGAUUUGAGGGCACGACAAAUGAGCGCUAUUAAGGGCAGGAUUGAGGAGGCAGCAAGCUUGACACCGCUUGGGGCAGCCAUGCCAAGAGGGAGGGGAGGGGCAGGGCCAGUGGAAACCCCUUUGGGGACAACCCGACAAAGGACGCAGAUGAGGACCAGGAGAGAGGACAAGCCUCCAGUCUUCCAGGGAGGGAACAUUGAGCUGUUCCUAAUGGAGUUCGAGCGGCAUGCGAGAGAGUUUGGAUGUGACAGCACCAGGAUGCUGAGAGAGGUGCGAGGCAUAGGCAAGUGGGCGGACCCCAUUGCUAAACUGGUCAGAGAGUCACUGAGCUGGCAAGACUUUGGACGGAGGAUGGAGGGUUUGCAUCCGUCACCACUGGGAAGGGAUGGACAGCCCAUUCGAUUCGACUCCACUAAUCUGGGGGAGUUCUUAUGGGCUUAUGAUCGAUAUGCGGAUGAGCUCUGUAUCCCAGGAGAGCACAGAGUGGGGAGUUUUCUGUUGUUUGUGAGACACCAUAUCAGACCCUUCGUACGAUCCAUGGUGGCAUCUGCCAUGAACUGGGGGCACUGCAAGAAGCUGCUAUGGAACUAUUAUACUCCAGCUCGUCAGGCAAGUGAGAGGAGAGGUGUGGAAAAAAGGAGAAGGGAACCCGAGACAGAGGCAAGGGGAACCUUUGAGCAGGGCGCGUCACCAGGGCCUCAGAGGGAGGAAAGGAGGAAGGAACACAAGUCCCACCGACAUGAGAGAGCAGAGGGGUCCGAUGGUUCAGAUGCACCUCCACAACCCGCUCAGAGGGAGAUGGAUGGCCCCAUGCCUGACGCAGAGCUAGACAUCCCUCACGAGCCGCAUACACAAGAGCUGAGGGAGGAACCGUCUGUUGAUGAAAAGGGGCUGGACAGAGAAGAGAGGGCAGCAAGGGAGCUGGAGAUCAGGUCUCAACUCCGAAAGAAGAAUCUGGCAGAACUGCAUGAGAGGAUGCAGCAACGAAAGGCAUCUGAGGAGGUGGAGGACAGAAAAGGAAAGGGUACCUGCACUCAGGAGGAGGACCCUCCUCUGCUCUCAGAGGUCUGGAUGGGCUUCGAUAAGCUGAUGGACGCCACAGGAAGAUCAAGUGGACAACAUCAGGAGAUGGGGGUUAAGUUGGUCUCUACAGACCUGCUCAACCUGAGGAGCGUGAUGAGAGAAGGCUUCGCUGCAGCAAGGACCUCAGAUCAGAAGAUUGGGGACAGGCUGACAAAGGUGGCACAAAAGGCUUAUGGCCAGAGGGUGGACUGGGAGAGAGAGGCUGAGGGCCUGAAGAGGGAGCUGGGAAGACAGGGCAAAGAGUUGGCAGCAGUAAAGGCGAACAUGGAGAGAGUCUCAGCAGAGAAUGAGGCCAUCAGACAAGUCAACCAGACCCUUAACAAGGUCACUGACGCUCUGAGGGCCUAUUUGUGUGCACAACUGACCUUCUUCCAGGUUAAAGAGACAGAGUGGGAAAAAAAAAUUCGAGACCUCGAAGCCAAGUAUGCACAGCAGGCCCCCACGAGAGUGGUGGAUUGGACAGAGGUCCAGAAGUUCGAGAUCAGGGAACAGCCUGCAGAGGAAGUCUUUAAGAGGGAGAAGGAAGUAGAGAUGGCGGACCAGCAGGAGGGUGAGGAGAUCCCUCUGAUCGACAAAGAGAUGUUGGAGCAGCCAGGAGUGCUUGUGGAAAAGGGUGCAGAGGUAGGAGAGUUUGAGUGGAGGUUACCUGCUGGCCUGACACUGGGGCACGAGCCGGCAGUACCACAGGAGGGACCACCAGUCGAGGCAAUGAAAGCUGGGGAGGUUCCACCUACUAUUCGGAAAGAGACUGUGGGACAGCAGGAUGGUCAGGAAAGUGUGGGCCAGACCAUGGUUGGGACUGAGCACAAAGUGGACCUGAGGGACUGUCAGGAGUCAACCAUGUUUUAGGAGGUGCCGUUUGUUACAAAUUUGCGGGA